UUAUGAUACUGACAUUCUAUAAAACAUAAAAGGGAAAUCACUUUAAUCGAUACUUUUGAGGAAAUGGGUACUGUGCUCGUGAGUAAACCAUUGUAUGUCCGGUGUAGAACUGACUAAUAUCCGGGCAGUUUGACGCGAGGUGUUACGGGAGCUUGCUAGUAUUGUCGCAGCAUGGACACUGAAGCUACUCUGUGGAUUUUUAUCAUAGCGUGUAUUUUACCAAGUACUUUUCAGAAUGUUUCCUUUUCUGCACCCUCCAGAUUGAAUGCUGGUAGUACGUUGGUACUGCAUUGUCGACCAAGCUCUAACAAAAACACAUUCGGUUUCAUUCAUGCUUACGAAUUUACCAUAGAAAGAAGAAAUGAAGACCCCAAAAGAUUAGUGAGGAUCAGUAAUGGACAAAAUGGUGGACUAAAUAUACAAUGGGGGGACAAAAUAGCAGAAGCCAGAGGAAACAUACGGGGAAGUUUGGGAUUUCCUAAUGUGUCCUCUGUUCGAGUCCAGAUUUCUGAAGCAGAUUGUACAGAUGAUGCCGAAUAUACAUGUGCCAUACUGGAUGAGAACAAUCGACAGCCAACGGAGAGGUCGAGACACGUCACAAUAAUUCAAAAUCCAAAUGGUGUUUUUCCUAUUACUGCAACCUCUGUUCAACGCGAGGAAAUGUCCAACAACAACCUAGGUAUUAUAUCAGCCGCCCUGCAGAAUGCUGAAUCCACGCAAUCUGAAGGAUUACCCAUUGGAUCUGUCGCCAUCCUUAACUGCACAGCCAGAGAAUCUAACCCCCCACCUACAAUACGCUGGUGCAUCAAAAGACCAAAUGAACCAACAUUCUCUAACUUUGCCUUUGCCUCUGUGCAGCGUCUGGAUAUGGUAAAUGACUCCUUGGAGAUGCGGUCUUGUUUCUUUACAAAGACUAGUCUCCUUCCUUUUACGAUAACGGCCGAGGACAAUGGUACGUCACUGUCCUGUUCUACAGACACUACGGAGUGCCCAAUAACAGCGAGGCCCAGCACGGCGUCCAUCUACGUCAUAAUAACGACAGACUCCGAUGAUUCUAAUGGUGAGUCAAAUGAAGACGAUUUGGCCGAGGUCAUUGUAGCAGAUUCUCGCUCAUCCGGGACAGGUAUUACAGCUUUAGUAACUGCAGGAAUAGUACUCAUUAUAAUCGGGGGAUGCGGCACGGCACUAGCUAUUUUUACAUAUACCAAAGCCAGAAGAAUCAAAAUAGAAUAUGAAACAUUGAAAGAAAGGGAGAGAUAUCAAACAUUAAAUGAGAUGCCAGGAGGAGCGGAUCCAGUCACCUAUGAAACCCUCGGGCGUAAAGAUCCAGAAGAUUCAGUUAACUACGUCAAUGCAGAUUACAGAGUUUAUUCAGAAGUGGGACACAGAAAUUCCGAGCUAACUGUAAACUCCUAUACGUAAAUCCUCGGAUCAGUGAAAUAUUUGUCAGUGUUGUAUUUUUAUGUUUUUGAUAUUUUUGAAAUAAAGUCUAUUUAUAUUUGG